AUGCUAAGGGCAACAUAUGAACAUAUUAUUCACGUAGAGUCAUUUAAAAACAUUGAUCUCUUUAAUUAAGGACUAUAUUACUUAAGAUUUAUGAUAAAAUCAAAUGGAGAGUAAGCAACACCUUACAAUUAUUUUGAAAGCAAUAAUAAUAAUAAUAAAAAAAAAGAAUCAUGGUAACCUAGUCAAAUAGAUGAAUAAUAUUUUCAAACAAGAACAUUUAUGAUAAGAUUUCAAGAAGAAGAAGUAGAAAUAGAUGAAAGUUGUAUUUUUAAAAUAGAAGUAUCAGCAUCACCACAUUAUGAACAUGAAUUCAAAAUAAUAUGUGAAUUAAUGUGUGCUGAUUUAGCUAAAAUAGGUGGUCCUUCAAAUGAAGAAUCAUUAUUUAAAUGUGUUGCUACAUAUUAAGGAAGAAUUUGUAAUUCUUUUAAAGGUGUACAUGAAUAUGUUCCAAUUAUGUUUGAUAACAAUCAUUUUUGUUAAGUUCAUUGUACUCUCAAUUCUAAUCUAUAAGAUUUUAAAUUUCGUUUAAGUGAAUUCCAAAAAGCUAAUAGUUCUAAAAUAUCUAUUCAACCUAAAACAUUUACAGAAUUUCUUCAUAAACACACUAAUAAAUUUACUAAAAGUUAAGAGUUUUUUGAUUACUAUAUAGGAUAAUUAAGAUUAACAAGUGAAUCACUUUAACAAUAAGUAGCUAAACUUUGUGGUUAACUAAAAUUAUAUGAUGAAUUAUCAAAAUUACCUACUAUUCCUAAAUUCUCUUAUAUACAAUAUUAAGAAUCUUCUAUUAUUAAAGAAAAUAUCCAUACUAAAGGUAAUAUUCUAAUAUCAGAUGUUUUAAAUUUAAAAAACAUUAGAGAUUAAAAUCUAUUAUCCACUCUUAUAGAAAAUGAUAUUAAUUAAUAUUCCUCAGUUCUUUUUGAAUUACAAAAUUUAUUAAUUAAUAUUAUUCAAAAUAAUUCAAAACAAUAUAGAAUCUUAUUAUAACAAGAUUAUUAAGUUAAAAUAAAAGAUAAAUGGGGAGAAACUUAUUUUAGAGAAAUCAUUAAAUGUAAUUCAUUCUCUAAUGGUACUUUAUGUUAAAAAUAACACUAAGAUGUAAGUGAUUAAAUAAGAAGAAAACCAUUAAUUAUGGAACAAUAAUUGGAUAUUAUUGAUGAGAAUCUAUUCUCAGAUUAAAAAUAAGCAACAGUUUUAUUUGAAGAAAUAUAUUAAAUUAGUUAACCUUUGAAUCAAUAAGAAUAAAUUUUACAUUUAAUAGUAUUAGUACAUGGAUUUUAAGGAAAUUCAUUAGAUAUGAGAUUAAUAAAGAAUAAUCUUUAAUUAUAAUAUCCAAAUCAUCAUUAUUUAAUGAGUAGAGCCAAUGAAGAUAUGACUGAUGGUAAUCUUUCAGAUAUGGGUUAAAAUUUGGCUAAAGAAGUUAAAUAAUAUAUAAUAGAUUGGAUUAAAAAUAAUCCUUUUCGAAUAAGUUUUCUAGGUCAUUCAAUGGGAGGAGUUAUUGUUAGAGCUGCAUUACCACAUUUAAAUGAAUUUAAAAUUAAUAUGAAUGCUUACAUAUCAUUAUCAAGUCCUCAUUUAGGAUAUGGUUAUAAUAAUAGUUUACUUAUUGAUGCUGGAUUAUGGUUUCUAAAACGAAUGAGAAAAUCUGUAUCAUUAUAAUAAUUAGCUAUGACUGAUGCUGAAUAAAUUGAAAACACAUUCCUAUAUUAAUUAUCAAAAAAAGAAGGAUUAAAUUGGUUCUAAAAUAUUCUGUUUGUUAGUUCAGCAUAAGAUUCAUAUGUACCAUUUGAAAGUGCAAGAAUUUCUAAGAAUUUUGAAAGAAGCGAUUAAGUAUCUUUAUUUAUCAUUAUUAAGAACUCUAGAAAAUAUGAAAAAAUGAUUGAUAACAUUUUUAAUGGAAUGAGAGCAACUUAAGUUAGAAGAUUAGAUGUUAAUUUUGUCUUAAAUGAGUAAGAAUAUUCAUAUUAUAAUAAUUAGAAAUCGAACAAUUGACAAUAUGAUUGGAAGAUCUGCUCAUAUAAUGUUUUUAGAGAAUCGAUAAUUAUUAAGAAUGUUGGUAACUUGUGUGGAUGAUAUAUUUAAUUGA